GAAAAAAACUUUGAAAAAAAUAAAGGGAGGGGGAGAUCCUUAAAACACAAAAACACUGUACACACGCAUACACUGAAACAUCUUGGCUUUUUGGUUGCGUUUAUUUUUUCUUUUUCUCUCUUUUUUAAAUUUCAAUUCACAUUCCCCCAGUUUUAAAUUAGUCUUUAUUCUUUGCAUUAUAAUUCACACACUUCCCCUCAUUUUCUCCUUAUCUUUUUUUAAUAAAAAAAUUACUAUGAGCGGAACAGUUGCUCGCCGGGCCAACAACCUGCACCGCAACAUAACAGUCACACCCUUCCUCAACAAACUCUACAGCAUGGUAGACGACACAGACAGCGACAACCUAAUAAAGUGGUCCGACGACGGCAACUCCUUCGUCGUAAUCCGACACGAAGAAUUUGCCAAAGAAGUACUCCCACGCUUUUUUAAGCACAGCAACUUUUCUAGUUUCGUUCGCCAACUUAAUAUGUAUGGUUUUCAUAAGGUGCCGCAUUUACAACAGGGCGGGCUGAUUUCGGAUGGCCCGGAUGCGGAGAGCUGGGAGUUUAAUAAUGAUAAUUUUCAGAGAGGUCAGCCGGACCUUUUGCACUUUAUUAGGAGGAAGAAAGGGAAUAGGGAUGUUGGUGGAGGUGGAGUGGUUAGUUUGGAGCAGGGGGUGGGGACUGGAGAUGAGGAUACGGAUGAAGAGACUGCGGCGCAUGUGACAGCAAUAACCGCUGCGGCUACAGGGGCAGCAUCGGCAGUGAAGGGAUCUGCGGGUAACCUACUAAAGUCCGGUACUGCCAAUACAAGCGGAACAACAACAACAGCAGAAGCAGCAGCAGCAGCAGCAGCGGCA